GGGGGAGGUUGCCGCGGCAGCCAGUCGGUGAGCAGCUGGGAAGAGCAGAGCCGGGCGGAGCACCUGCAGGCACGGGCGGCGGCCCCACCAUGGCAAUUCGGAAGAAAAGCAGCAAGAGCCCUCAGGUUCUGAGCCACGAAUUCAUCCUGCAGAAUCACGUGGACAUCAUCUCCUGUAUGGCGAUGGUCUUCCUGCUGGGGCUCAUGUUCGAGAUAACAGCAAAAGCUUCUAUUAUUUUUGUUACUCUUCAGUACAAUGUUACUCACCCUGCAACAGAAGAACAAGCUGCUGAAUCAGCGUCUCUUUAUCACUAUGGUGUCAAAGAUUUGGCUACAGUUUUCUUCUACAUGCUAGUGGCAAUAAUCAUUCACGCCAUAAUUCAAGAGUACGUAUUGGAUAAAAUUAACAGGCGAAUGCACUUCUCCAAAACAAAACACAGCAAGUUUAAUGAAUCUGGUCAGCUUAGUGCAUUCUACCUUUUUGCUUGUGUUUGGGGAACAUUCAUUCUAAUCUCUGAAAACUACAUCUCAGACCCAACUAUCUUGUGGAGGGCUUAUCCCCAUAACCUGAUGACAUUUCAAAUGAAGUUUUUCUACAUAUCACAGUUGGCUUACUGGCUUCAUGCUUUUCCUGAACUCUACUUCCAGAAAACCAAAAAAGAAGAUAUUCCUCGUCAGCUUGUCUACAUUGGUCUUUACCUCUUUCACAUUGCUGGAGCUUACCUUUUAAACUUGAAUCAUCUAGGACUUGUUCUUCUGGUGCUGCAUUAUUUUGUUGAAUUUCUUUUCCACAUUUCCCGCCUGUUUUAUUUUAGUGAUGAAAAGUAUCAGAAAGGAUUUUCUCUGUGGGCAGUUCUUUUUGUUUUGGGAAGACUUCUGACUUUAAUUCUUUCAGUCCUCACUGUUGGUUUUGGCCUUGCGAGAGCAGAGAAUCAGAAACUGGAUUUCAGUACUGGAAACUUCAAUGUGUUGGCUGUUAGAAUCGCUGUUCUGGCAUCAAUUUGCAUUACCCAAGCAUUCAUGAUGUGGAAGUUCAUUAAUUUGCAGCUUCGUAGAUGGAGGGAACAUUCUACUUUCCAGGCACCAGCUGUAAAGAAGAAACCAAUAGUGACCAAAAGCAGGUCUUCUAGGAAAGGAACAGAAAAUGGUGUAAAUGGAACAGUAACAUCAAAUGGAGCAGACUCUCCGCGUAAUAGAAAAGAGAAAUCUUCAUAGUGGAUUAUAAACUGAUUAAUGUCCCCAAAGAAAUCUGCUUUUUACUGUCUUUUGGCAUUAGAGAUUUUUCUGUUCUUGAAAAUACAGUUUGUGCUCUUUGAUUCUU